UAGCUUUUAAACUGACGGAAUAUCCUUUGAACGAACACAUAUGCGCCGAAAUAUUUCCAAGCCAACUCCAAAUCCAUACGCAGCUGUGCUGUGCAAGCGUAAAGUCCGCUGUAGAAGCGUUAGCGCAUACCUUCACACACUGAGUGCCAUCGCAGUUCAAUUCCGGUUGCCGAGCCUUUUCACCCCAUUUUCUGUCUUCAAAUGGAAAUGAUUUCCAUUGGCCCAAGGUGUCCAUGUAAAUAGGUGUAAAUGAAACCAGAUUAUGCCUUCCUCCCAGCCCCCUCCUCCCAUGGCAAUUGUCAUGUGAUAGCAAAGAGGUGGCACAUUAAUGGAGCGCCUCUACAGGGGUCUUUUCUGCUCAUGUCACUACAUAAAACUAUCAGAUGCUUAGAGGAAGGCCAUGGAGGCAUCCACUUAGCUCGUCUGAUCAAGGACGCCAAAUGAAGUCCAUUCAGCUUUGCUAGCGGGACAAGCUGACUUACUUUACAGGGAAAGACUCACGGCAGCCGCCACUCCAUAAAUGUGCACCGUCCGCCCGCCUGCUCACCGCAGAGGCGCCCGACCCGCCUGCGUUACGCACAGCGCAACUUCCAGCUUCGCCCGCGACGAAACUUUCGCCUCGGUUGUUUUCAUGAAGAGCGGCCGACUCUCGCCGAGGAUUUAAGGGAAGCUACUUUUUAUUGCUUGGUUUUUCUUUUCGUAUCCCCCGAAAAUAUCAAGGAUGCCUCGUCCGGGGAGAAACACGUACAGCGACCAGAAGCCACCUUACUCCUACAUCUCCCUCACCGCCAUGGCGAUCCAGAGCUGCCCGGAGAAGAUGCUGCCGCUCAGCGAAAUCUACAAGUUCAUCAUGGAUAGAUUCCCGUAUUACAGGGAAAACACGCAGCGGUGGCAGAACUCGCUGCGGCACAACCUGUCGUUCAACGACUGCUUCAUCAAAAUCCCCCGGCGCCCGGACCAACCAGGUAAGGGCAGUUUCUGGGCUCUGCACCCGAACUGCGGGGACAUGUUCGAGAACGGAAGUUUCCUGCGACGCCGCAAGCGCUUCAAAGUGCUGCAGGCGUCCGACCACUUGGCUCCCAGUAAGCAGUCGGACGCUGCCCAUUACCUCCAGCAGCAAGCCAAACUGAGACUAAGCGCCCUGGCAGCUACUGGCACGCACCUUCCCCAAAUGUCAACCUACAACCUCGGCGUGUCCCAGACGUCCACCUUUAAACACCCGUUCGCCAUCGAGAACAUCAUCGCCAGAGAGUACAAGGUCCCGGGGAGCCUGGCGUUCUCCACCAUGCAGUCCAUGUCCGCCGGGUACCCGCUCCACAACCAGCUGACGACAGCCUGGCCCCACAUGUACAACACCGGCGUGAUUGACACGGCGGCCCCGAUCUCCAUGGCCAGCAGCGACUACAGUGCCUACGGCGUGCCCAUCAAGUCCUUGUGUCACGGGGGGCAGUCGUUACCGGCGAUCCCCGUGCCGAUCAAGCCCACGCCGACCUCCAUGGCCGGUUUCUCGGCGCUGCCCCCCCACAUCCCCGCGUUCCUAUCAAACUCUCCGCAGUCUCUGAGCCCGACGUCCCCACAGACAGCGACGAGCCAAAGCAGCCCCGCAACCCCCAGCGAGACUCUGACGAGCCCCUCCACGCUGCAGUCCGUGGCCGUGCACUGACCGGCGGAACUCCCCGGUGCACGGGCUGCUGGCAGGCUCACGGGCCCCUUUACCAAAACCCAAAGUUUCUAUUUUCUGUCGUCGGAAAGCUAUCAAGGCGAGUUGCAGUGGCAUAUCGAUUUAUUUGCGUGUUUCUGUGUUGAAUGUGUCGCUUUAAAAUGUGUGUCAUAAAAGUCCAGCACAGAGUCGCACAGCGAAGUAUUGCUCUUGAAAAAUAUAAAUUAUUUGAUAGUUCUAUUUUUCAUUUUGUUGUGACAUGUGAGUGUUGGAAGUGAGCCACCGAGGAGGAUUCCAUCUGGGUUGAGGGUCCGCGGUUCCCGUGGCUGAUCUGGGGUUUUAUCAAAUAGCAAAACUUUUGCACCGUUUCUGUGUGACCACUGUAAUGUCAAUGAAAGUGCGAGACCACAUGUCUCCGUGUUGAUGUUUGCUUUUAAUGUUGGAAUGAUGGAUAAGGGUAUAUACCAAAUAGGACUAGGGUUUAGAUGUCUUCUUGCCAUCCAUGUAAAAAAAUAAAGCAAACUGAGUUAUGAAAUCUUUUCUAAAUUGAAAAGUAGUGUUGUGAGGCGUCCUCGAAAUGCAAGAUGUGAAUACUGCAAAUAACUGAUAUUGAAAUGUUGUAAAAUGCACUUUUUAGUUUUAUGUUUUAGAUAUCUAUUUUCCAGAAAAUGUUCUGUGAAGCAUUUAAUUUAAAAGGCUGUGGUGACCAUGUGUAUCAGAUGCUGUAAAUUUGUACUUUUUUAGGUAAAGCAUGCAUUCUAAAAAAAAUUGUGUUGUUACUGUUGCUGGUAUUGUUGUUGUUUUUGUUUUGUUUGUUUUAUUUUUUGCAAGCAUGCGUGCUUUCGAAAAGUGUGCAAACAGUCUGCAAUGAAUUGGAAAAAUGGUCAUCGAAAUAUUUUCUCAUUAAAAGUGAAGUAAACAAUCAACAA